UAGAGGAAAUCAUAUGGCGCCAUUUCAUAUUAAUCUCCCUCUGCCAGUUCUUUGGAUUCUAAUUAUUAUUUCAUCAGGGGCCAACAUAGGCGAGUCCGCAAGAGUUUUUACCCUAAUAAAUAAUUGCAAAGAGACAGUAUGGCCGGGAGUUACCCCAGGUGAGAACUUUAACGGUGGCGGUUUUACACUAAAACCCGGGCAGUCCAUAGAAUUUACUGCACCAACGGCUUGGUCGGGCCGUAUCUGGGGUCGAACCGGGUGCAACUUUGACAAGAAUGGGCUUGGGCAAUGCCAGACCGGGGCAUGUGGUGACACCCUCAAAUGCGGAGCCUCAGGAAAGACCCCAGCUUCACUUGCCGAAUUUACCCUUGCAUCGCCUGACUUUUACGAUGUUAGCCUUGUGGACGGUUUUAACUUGCCAAUAGCUGUGAAACCCCUCCACGGUACCGGAAACUGCAGCGUUGCUGGUUGUGACGGGGACUUGAGGCUCAAUUGCCCCACAGAGCUCGCCGUCAAGGCCAACGGUAAGGUUAUUGCUUGCCGGAGUGCAUGCGAUGUGUUCGACACCGACGAGUACUGUUGCCGAGGAGUUCAUGGGAACCCCUCUACAUGUCAACCGACAUAUUAUUCCAAGAAGUUCAAGGAGGCUUGCCCAACUGCCUACAGUUAUGCAUACGAUGAUCCCACCAGCAUAUUUACGUGCUCAGGGACGGAUUACGUGGUCACUUUUUGCUCCUCCAGGAACCAACCGGUGUGCACGUAUCAUAACAACAAGCUCGUCUGCAGCGAUUCGAACGGUGGGUUAAAGUCUCUGGUUGGAAGAUGGUGGGCUUGGAGCGUUGGAGCUUUUACGUUGUAUAUAGUACAUGUAAAUAUGGGAUACAUUUAUUCGUUUAUUUAAUUAUUUCAUCUAUAUA